CAUGCCUGCUCGCUCACUUGCCUGGCUGGGAGGGGACGGAGCGGAGGCAGGAGACACGCUCGCCUAAACCAACAGAGACGCGGUUUAACAUGUCCACGAGUUGAAUAUUAUUUAUAGCCGUCUUUUUACGCUCUCUAGUCCACCAAAUCGCCCCUCUCUCGCUCUCGCUUUCUCUCUCUCCCUCUCUCUCUCUCUCUCUCUCUCUCCCUCUCUCUCGCUCUCUCUCUCACACUGGCUCGCUUAGGUUACAAACCGAGCACGCCGCCGCCGCGCUGUUAUUGUGAGGAGAAAAACAAGCUAGUCGGCUAAGCUUGUGUGAUCAUUGACAGAGUUCAAUACACACAAGCAGAGAGUGAUAAACGGCGGAGGGCGGUUUGCACAGCCCUACUCGCGGAACUCUUGGAGAAGUGGGAAUAUUUCUUAGCGGAGGCUUUUUGGACAAGUGUCGAAUCUGUGUCACUGUCACUUUCUGGAGCGGUUAGAGUUUAAACAGUUUGCACCAGCUGGUCUGCCGCCCCCUCCCAACCCAGACAGUCUUCUGCCCCAGCAUGAAUGAAGUCAGCGUUGUGAGAGAGGGAUGGCUCCACAAGAGAGGUGAGUACAUUAAAACUUGGAGGCCUCGUUAUUUCAUCCUAAAGAGCGACGGCUCCUUCAUCGGCUACAAAGAGAAGCCCGAAGUAUCCAGCGAUCACAGCCUGCCACCUCUCAACAACUUCUCCGUUGCAGAAUGCCAGCUGAUGAAGACAGAGCGGCCCAGGCCCAAUACGUUUGUUAUCCGCUGCCUCCAGUGGACUUCAGUCAUUGAGCGCACCUUCCAUGUAGACAGCAACGAGGAGAGGGAAGAAUGGAUGCGAUCGAUCCAGGCUGUGGCAAACAGCUUGAAGAGUCAGCAGCAGGACGAAGAGCCCAUGGAGAUCAAAUUUGGCUCACCGAGUGAUAGCAGUGGCGCAGAGGAGAUGGAGAUUGCCGUGUCCAAAUCUCGCUCAAAAGUGCAGACCAUGAGUGAUUUCGACUACCUUAAGCUACUGGGCAAGGGGACGUUUGGCAAAGUGAUCCUGGUGAAGGAAAAGGCUACGGGCAUGUACUACGCCAUGAAAAUCCUCCGCAAAGAAGUCAUCAUCGCUAAAGACGAGGUAGCGCACACGGUGACAGAGAGCAGAGUCCUCCAAAAUACACGACAUCCCUUUCUCACAACACUAAAAUAUGCUUUUCAAACAAACGAUCGUCUAUGCUUUGUGAUGGAGUAUGCAAAUGGAGGAGAACUCUUCUUUCACUUAUCCCGGGACCGAGUGUUCACAGAAGACAGGGCCCGAUUCUAUGGUGCAGAAAUAGUAUCGGCACUGGAGUACCUACACUCAUGCAAUGUCGUUUACAGGGAUUUAAAGCUGGAAAAUCUCAUGUUGGAUAAGGAUGGCCACAUAAAAAUAACAGAUUUUGGCCUGUGCAAAGAGGGCAUCACAGAUGGCGCCACCAUGAAAACCUUCUGUGGGACUCCUGAGUACCUGGCACCUGAGGUACUAGAGGACAACGACUACGGUCGCGCUGUGGACUGGUGGGGACUGGGUGUGGUCAUGUACGAAAUGAUGUGUGGUCGCUUGCCCUUCUACAACCAGGACCAUGAGCGACUCUUUGAACUCAUCCUCAUGGAGGAGAUCCGCUUCCCCAAAAACCUGGCUCCUGAAGCUAAGGCGCUGCUGGCCGGCCUGCUCAAAAAGGAUCCCAAGCAGAGGCUUGGGGGAGGACCUGAUGAUGCCAAAGAAGUGAUGACACACAAGUUCUUCACCUCCAUCAACUGGCAGGAUGUCUUAGAGAAAAAGCUCGUCCCACCUUUCAAGCCCCAGGUCACCUCAGAGACAGACACGAGAUACUUUGACGACGAGUUCACAGCACAAACUAUCACAAUAACCCCACCAGACAAGUAUGACACUUUAGACCCAGAGGACUCGGAUCAGCGUACACACUUCCCCCAGUUCUCCUACUCUGCCAGCAUACGGGAAUAGUGGCUCAGACCUUUGACCAAGCAGGCAGCAGGCAGGCUAACACACGACCCAAAUCUCACGUUCACACUUGCACUGCUGAGGACAAAUCGAAUGACACACAUACGCACACUGGCACAAGACACAUUUUCAUCCGGUCACUCACCUCCACUCACCCAACAUGCAUACAGACACAAAUGCACUCACAAACCAGCAGAGAAUCAUGUACACAGUGAACACGGAGGCUCUGUGUAUUUGCGAGUGAUGGACCUCAUUGGGGUUAGAUGUGGACAGAUGGGCAGCUUUGUCUCCAAACAGCCUCUCAGGGGGACCCCUGCUGCACUACACUGGGCACACUUUGAAACCAGGUUAUGCCAGCAAGUACCAGCUCGUUACCAGCCGUAAGACACACAGCCCUGACUCGUAGACUGCAUCUUGUGUAGACACCUUAUAUUGACACCAUUUUUAAAAUCAGAGGAAUGGGAGCGAGAUUAGGUGGUAAUUGACCAAUUUUAACUUCAUCAAUUGAACGGGAGAGAAAUUAGGUGAUAAUUGACCAAUUUUAACUUAGAGUGUUACAGUUUUAAAGAUAAAGCCAUAUUUCUGCUAUUUUUUUAAUAAGUGCUCUUUCUGGAACUUGCUGUUACAAAUCAAUUGAGUGUGUGAGUGUGAGAGAAGAUGGGGGUAAGGUUGCCAUUUCUGUGGAUGCACUGCAUGUGUGUCACGUCCGAAUGAAUGUGUGAGAGAACCUACGAACAAUUUUAUUUUGCAACCAUCCUGUUUGUCUGAUUUCAUGGAUGCUGGAACACGGGCAAGCAAGGACACUACACAGUGAUGGCUUACUUAAGGGAACAAAUGUUAUUUAUGGAAAGAAAAAAAAAAAAAAGCAAGCGGCUGAGUGCUAAAUUGACGCUUUGACUUCUCUUGCAUGGCUUUUUAAAUUGUAUUGCUUAAAAAAUGGUGAGACACUCGAAGGGCCCAUGUAGCUUGUGUGUCACAAUCACUCAGUAACAUGAACAAGUUGAAGGCCACUUGCCCGGUGUGUUAAGAGAGACAACUUGACCUCAGCCAUUCACCACCAUCAGUCCAGUCAUCUUCACUGCCAGGCUUCAUUCAGUUUUCUCCCAUUUUUUUUUUUUCUUCAUAAUUUCAGCGCAAGUUAUUUUUAUUUUAAUGAUUUUAAACAAGCCAUUUGAAUGUUUUCAUGUUUAAAAGCAAGAAGUGUUAAUAUUUAUAAUGCCCCCACCUCAAAACAAAAAAACACACACA